UCAUUCGUUCACCACUCGCGCUCGACAACGGACGUGCCAUCGGGUCGAAUCAGCUCCCAUCGUAUCGAAUCGCAUCGCAUCGGAUCGGUUAAAGGUUCAGAAACUCGUCAAUUGACACAAAUUGAAUGCAAUUUGCCGAGAGUGCGAAAUGUGUGUCUAACUGAAGCCCAGACUCGCCGCCAUCCUCGCUUCUUCCGCGUGCCCAGCUCAGCUUAGUUGAUCGGCUGAAUCAGUGAACGUAAACAAAGUCGCGAACUCAGCAACUCCCGUGGAAGAACUCCCCCGCAUCCAAGAUGGCAGAUGAGAGUCUGCAUACCAUGCCGUUGGAGCACAACAUCGAUUACCACAUCGUGACGCUCUUUGAGCGUUUGGAGGCGAUGCGCAAGGACUCGCCCGGCGGCGGCAAUGGGGUCAACAAUCGCCUGUCCAGUACUCUGCAGGCGCCCAAACGCAGCAUGCAGGCAGAGAUUCGCACCCUGGAGUUCUGGAGAUCCAUCAUCAGCGAAUGCCUGGCCUCGUUCCUGUACGUGUUCAUCGUCUGCGGUGCCGCCGCAGGCGCCGGCGUGGGGGCCAGUAUCUCCUCCGUGCUGCUGGCCACGGCUUUAGCCUCUGGACUGGCAAUGGCAACACUGACGCAGUGCUUCCUCCAGAUCUCGGGCGCCCAUGUUAAUCCCGCCGUGACCCUGGCCCUGUGCGUGGUAAGGAGUAUCUCUCCGAUUCGUGCCGCCAUGUACAUGACCGCCCAGUGCGGCGGAGGAAUUGCCGGAGCCGCUCUACUUUACGGAGUCUCUGGGCCAGGAUACCAGGGGAAUCUGCUGGCUGCCAUCUCACAGAGCAAUUCCUUGGCCGCCUGGGAGCGCUUCGGUGUGGAAUUCAUCCUCACCUUCCUGGUGGUACUCUGCUACUUCGUGUCCACAGAUCCCCUUAGGAGGUUCAUGGGCAACUCGGCCGUCUCGAUUGGAGCUGCCUACAGCGCCUGCUGCUUUGUCUCGAUGCCCUACCUUAAUCCAGCCCGAUCCCUGGGUCCCUCGUUUGUGCUGAACAAAUGGGACAACCACUGGGUGUACUGGUUUGGACCUUUGGUGGGCGGCAUGGCCUCCGGCAUCGUGUACGAGUAUGUGUUCAACACGCGCCGUAACCAACGUCACGGCAAGGGCAGCAUCGACAACGACUCCAGCUCGAUCCAUUCAGAGGACGAGCUGAACUACGACAUGGAUUUGGAGAAGCCCAGCGGCAAGUACCAGCAGUCGCAGGGCACCUAUCCCCGUGGCCAGAACGGCGGCAAUGGAGGAGGUCAGCAGCAAGGCAAUGGCCAGCAUCAAGCUGGGAAUAUGGGCCAGAUGACGGGAGUGGUGGCUGCUCCAGGACAGGGCAACUACUGCCAGAACCUAUAUACGGCUCCACCUCUCUCCUCCAAGUAUGAGCAGCAGCAGGAGCCGCUGUAUGGCGGAACCCGCUCCCUCUACUGCCGUUCCCCAACCCUGACCAGGAGCAACCUGAAUCGCUCGCAGUCCGUCUACGCCAAGAGUAACACGGCCAUCAACAGGGACAUUGUACCACGCCCUGGACCACUAGUGCCCGCCCAGAGUCUCUAUCCCAUGCGCACCCAGCAGCAGCAGCAGCAGCAACAACAACAGCAACAGCAACAUCAGCAGCAGCAACAGCAGGCCACCGCUGCCCAAUCCUCCCACUUGCAGAACCAAAAUGUCCAGAAUCAGAUGCAGCAGCGCAGCGAGAGCAUCUACGGGAUGCGAGGCUCCAUGCGCGGUCAGCAACAGCCCCUUCAACAGCAGCAGCAGCUUCAGCAGCAACAGCCCAUCGUGGGAGUGCAGCAGCAACAGUUACAGCAGCCGCCUCCGCAACUGAUGGCCGAUCCUCUCCAGCAGCAGCAGCAGCAACAGCCGCAGGGCUUCCAGCCUGUUUACGGCACGCGAACGAAUCCCACACCCAUGGACGGCAGCCACAAGUAUGAUCGGCGGGACCCACAGCAGCAGCUGUACGGUGUGACGGGACCCAGGAAUCGUGGACAAUCUGCUCAAUCGGACGAUAGCUCCUAUGGCUCGUAUCAUGGAUCGGCGGUGACGCCGCCGGCACGUCAUCCCAGUGUAGAGCCAUCGCCGCCGCCGCCACCCAUGCUGAUGUACGCCCCGCCCCCACAGCCCAAUGCCGCUCAUCCGCAGCCCAUUCGCACGCAGUCGGAGCGGAAAGUGAGUGCGCCCGUGGUGGUGUCCCAGCCGGCAACCUGUGCCGUCACCUACACAACCUCGCAGGGACCAGCGAUGGCAAGCCAACAGCAGCAACAACAGCAACAGCAGCAGCAGCAACAACAGCAAAUGAUGAUGCAGCAACAGCAGCAGCAACAACAUUAUGGAAUGCUGCCGCUUAGGCCCAACUGAAAGCGACUGUCUUGGGGUCCGGUGACCACGCCGCCACCGGCGGCGCUGCACGCCCUCGCCAUACACCCCGCGGGCACGAUGACCCUGCACCGCUGCAGCCUAGCCAAGCAGAGCAGUUUGUUUUAGUCGUAGGUAGUCCUAGAGCAUCCAACGGGCAUCGCAUCCAAAGGAAAUUUACGCAAGUCUCAGCCCUUAGUCUAGCCGAAUCCUAGUUUAGAUACGUACAUAUUUAGAUGUAGGCAAGAAGCAGCAUAGCCACAUUGUAUUAUCCAGAGCCAGAGCGUUACGACGAGGUAGGAACUCGCACACCUAGCAGCAGACAACGAUGCGCUGAAGCAUAGCACAUUUAGUUAUAAGUGACUAAUCUUGAACUAGAUACAGACUGAAGGAGAAAAACUGCAUUUAAUUAUGUCGUGUUUUGCCUCUUGAUUUCCUCUUCCAACUUGUUUUUAUUUCUUUCGAUUUUUGUUUAAAAAUUAAAAUGAUAUAUCCUUGUUUUGUUGGUUUUUUCCGAGAAUUUAAUAAGAUUUUUGUUCCAUUACAUUGAAAAACAGACUGAAACAAACACAUUUUUUAAUGCUUAUAAUAUUUUUAAAUCAUUAUUUUCUUAACUUACAAUUUCUUGAAGUUUUUGUUUAGCUUAGUUCAAAAAGGCCAAAAUUUGAAUAACCCAUUUUAAUUUGUAUAUAAACUCAAUAUAGACUUAUCUAAGCUUAUUCUGUAUAUUUUAGGCACAUAAGCUCACAUUCGAUACCAACUUAUAUAAACAUAAUGAUAUACAUGUAUUAUAAGUACAUUUACUUAGUGAUACACACGCUUCGUAAUAGUAUAGUAAUAAGAGAAUAAUGCAAAUAUAUGUAUAUGGUGUAUCCAAAAUAAAGACACGUUCAUUCAAAA